UAUUUUGGAUAAAAGCUUUUGUUUGCACAUUGGCAUAGCCCUAGCCAUAUCGCAUUUCCCUCUUUCUUUGCUGGGCUAAUUGCUUGCACAGUUCGCGUAGAGCAGAGAGACAUGAACCCAUUAACCCUAGUGAAGCGCAUUCAGAACAUCAAUUCCAGAGAAGCUGCACUCGGCAUCGGCGAAGAAGCUUCGUGGCACACCAAAUACAAAGAUUCCGCUUACAUUUUUGUCGGUGGCAUUCCCUUCGAUCUCACCGAGGGUGAUCUUCUCGCUGUUUUUGCUCAAUACGGUGAGGUUGUUGAUGUUAAUCUCGUUAGAGACAAAGGCACUGGAAAAUCAAAGGGUUUUGCGUUCCUUGCGUAUGAAGAUCAAAGAAGCACAACUCUUGCUGUGGAUAAUUUGAAUGGAGCUCAGGUUUUAGGGAGAGUAAUUAGGGUGGACCACGUUAAUAAGUAUAAGAAGAAGGAGGAGGAAGACGAAGAGACAGCGCGUCAGAAAAGGGAGGCGCGCGGUGUUUGUCGUGCUUUUCAAAGAGGAGAAUGUACUCGUGGAGCUAGCUGCAAAUUUUCUCAUGAUGAACAAAGAGCUGCAAAUACAGGUUGGGGUCAAGAGGAAGACAGUUCAAAAUGGGGUCAUGACAAAUAUGAGGGUCCCAAAAAAGAGAGAAAAUAUGGCAGCAACCCAUCAAAUCUUUUUCCAGAAACUAGAGACAGCGAUUCACAUUCUAGAGCCCAUGGGCAUGACAUUGGAUUAGACAGCCAACCAAAGAAAAGUGAUAGAAGAGAGAAGACAUUGCGGCAGCAUUAUGACGAUGAUAGAUGUGAGGGAAGAGAAAAUAACAGUAGAAGAGAAGAAAAGAGAUCAAGAAGGCAUGAAGGUGACAAAUUUGAACACAGGUCGAGAGAAGAGCAAUAUAGGAGGGAAGAAAAAAGAUCAAGAAGGAAUGAUUAUAAUGGUAUGGAACCUGAGUCAAAAGAUCAUAACAGAGGGGAAGGCAAGAGAUCAAUAAAGCCAGAUGAUACUGAGUUUGAACACAAGUCAAGAGGUUCUGAUAUAACUAUAAGGGAUGAUCAAAGACCCUGGAGGCAGGAUGAUGAUGAUUUUGGAAGGAAAUCAAGAGAACCUCAUAGUAACAGGGAAGACAGGAGAUCACGAAAGCACCCUGAAGAUGAAUGUGCACCAAGGUCAAGAGAAGAUUAUGAUAGGAAACAAGAUAACAGAUCAUAUAUAAAUGAUAGUGAUCGAAGAGAGUCAAAAGUAAGAUAUGAUUUUGACAGGAGAGGAGAGAAAAGUUCAAGAAGGUAAAGGGGCAGUAUUUGAGGUCUGGGUAUGAGCAUGUUAUUCCUUCUUUGUUUGUGGAGAGAAAUGAGUACUAGUUUAAUUUGAGCUAUAUUUGAUAAUCAGAAAAGUGAUGCAGUGCUAAUAUUUCCAUGGUCAUUUUGUUUGUUAUAUGAUUUAAAUACGAGAGUGGUGAUAAUUUUCCAUAUGGUGCGGUUGGUUUGAUAAAUAUUUUGUUUGGUUCAACGGUCUCCGACUAUCAAUGCUAAUGCACCAUGAAUAAUAUAUUUGGUCU